UUUAGACACGUUUUACAGCCACUAAUGUUGAAAAUAACCGGUUUGUUCGCUAGGGCGUAGCAUAGGGCCUCCCACAUUUGUGCUAAUGUAAAGUCAAGCACAGCUUCCCAGGAUUUAUGUUAUCACUAGUGUCACAUGCUUAGUUUCACACACAACCAGACAAAUCUUUAUAUGCUUGUAUAUACACUGGUUAUCUUCAUUUAAUGCAUGCAUACAUAUCAAGUGACGUAUUAAAAUUCUUUUUUUUUUUUUAAAUUCACUUUUACUGUGAUAAACCCAACCGGAUGUGCUUGGUACCUACGUUAUCUUGACUUGUCUAGCUGUCUGCCAAGUCUAGAUACGAGGAGCACGAGCGAGCAGUUUUCAAGUGAAAAUAAACCACAUCGCCGGAUAUUUCCUCACUUUUGCCACUUUGUAUCGAGUUUUGAGAUCGUUUUGCAUCAUGAAGUCCACUUUGUGUUUCGCUCGACACCUGGUGGCCAACUAAGAAGGUGUCGCCACCGUCACCUGAUGUCGCCACCGCCUCAGCUUAGACUUCUAUUCAUGAAUGGAGGCAUAGCUCGCCAUCUGGCGCUCAACGGAUGACAGGACACUAGCGGACAUGGAGAUGGGGGAGACGCCAUACCUGCUCCCUCACCUUUUUCCACGCUAAACGCUUCCUCUCAGGCAAAGUCUAUUUUUAUAUUUGCAUUCAGGGACUUUUUUUUGUUUUGUUUUUUCCUUUUCCCUUCCUUGCUUCGCCAAGCCAUAAAAGUCUGGCGCCAUCAUGGCAUCGGAGGGCUUUCAGUACCGUGCGCUGUAUGACUACAAGAAAGAGCGCGAGGAGGACAUCGACCUGCACGUGGGUGACAUGCUGCUGGUUAGCAAGGGGGCGCUAUUAGUGCUCGGCUGCGGGGCUGGCGCAGAGGAGCGACCCUCUGAGAUCGGAUGGCUGCCCGGCUACAAUGAGACCACGCAGGAAAAGGGCGACUUUCCUGGCACCUACGUGGAGUUUGUGGGUCGGAAGAGGAUGUCACCACCCACGCCGAAGCCCCGACCCCCCAGACCGCCAUCGGCCGCGUCAAUGAGAACCGACUCGGAGUCUGAGGGCGUCACGCUGCCAGACCUUCCAGAACACUUUGGACCGCCUGAUACGGCCCCGCCCCUCCUUAGUAGAUUGAUGGAGGUCAUUGAGAUCAAAGGUAUAGACAGUCCUGGCGUGUACCGUGGCGUCACUGGAGGAACUUUGGACACCAGGCAGUUGGCCGACGCAGACCUGGAGCAGAUGGAUGUGUUGGCUCUGUGCGACGGCAUGGUCCGCUUCCUGCAAGAACUUCCCGGGCCUGUCCUUCCAACCUCGCUGCAGGCCGACCUGAUCCACGCAGUGCAAGAGGUCCGAGACCCCGAGGAGUGCGCCCGGGUGUUGCUGGGUGUGGCCAGCUCUCCAACGUGCGCCGCCCAGUACGGCCUGACCUUGCUCAGCGUUGUGCGUCAUCUGGCCCGACUCUGCAUUCAUGCCACCCGCAACCAGCUCAGCGUCCGAGGCCUUGCCGAGACCUUCAGCCCACUACUUUUCAGGCAAACCACCACAGGGUGUGAGUCAGGUCCAGACCCUCUGAUCCAAGUCUUGGAGGUUCUGAUCAGCAGCGAGCUCAAUGUGAACCAGGCUGCUCCAGCUUUACCUCCUAAACCUGCCAAGCCUUCCACACCAGCUGCUGCCACUGCUUGCACGUUCAACAAUGGUAUGGCACUGCACGAUGCCGAGUGGUACUGGGGCGACAUCUCCAGGGAGGAAGUGAACGAGAAGCUGCGGGACACGGCCGACGGAACCUUCCUGGUCCGGGACGCCUCCACCAAGAUGCACGGCGAUUACACGCUAACGCUCAGGAAGGGGGGCAACAACAAGCUGAUUAAGAUCUUCCACCGCGAGGGGAAGUAUGGCUUCUCAGACCCGCUGACAUUCAGCUCGGUGGUGGAGCUCAUCAAUCACUACCGGCACGAGUCCCUGGCACAGUACAACCCUAAGCUGGACGUCAAGCUGCUCUACCCGGUUUCCAAGCAUCAGCAGGACCAGGUCGUGAAAGAGGACAGUAUUGAGGCAGUAGGCAAGAAGCUCCACGAGUACCACCUUCAGUACCAGGAGAAGAACCGAGAGUACGACAGGCUCUAUGAGGAGUACACCAGAACUUCUCAGGAGAUCCAAAUGAAGCGCACGGCCAUCGAGGCCUUUAACGAGACCAUCAAGAUCUUCGAGGAGCAGUGUCAGACGCAAGAUCGCUUCAGCAAGGAGUACAUCGAAAAGUUCCGCCGCGAGGGCAAUGACAAGGAAAUCCAGAGGAUCAUGGAGAACUAUGAAAAGCUGCGCUCACGCAUCAGUGAAAUCGUGGACAGCAAACGCCACCUGGAGGUGGACCUGAAGAAGCAGGCCGCCGACUACCGGGAGAUCGACAAGAAGAUGAACAGCAUCAAGCCGGACCUCAUCCAGCUGCGCAAAACCAGAGACCUGUACCUCAUGUGGUUGACACAGAAAGGGGUCCGCCAGAGGAAACUGAACGAAUGGCUCGGCUUAAAGAACGAGACCACCGAGGACGAGUACAGCAUGGUGGAGGACGAGGAGGACCUCCCUCACCACGACGAGCGUCUGUGGCGCUUGGGCAACAUCAACCGGAGUCAAGCCGAGUCACUGCUGAGAGGAAAGAAGGAUGGAACCUUCCUGGUCCGAGACAGCAGCAAGCCGGGAUGCUACGCCUGCUCCGUCAUGGUGGAGGGCGAGGUGAAGCACUGCGUCAUCAACAAGACGAGUACGGGCUUUGGCUUCGCCGAGCCGUACAACCUGUACGCGUCGCUGAAGGAGCUGGUGUUGCACUACCAGCACACGUCGCUGGUGCAGCACAACGACUCGCUCAACGUCACGCUCGCCUUCCCCGUCUACAGCCAGCAGAGGCGCUGACGUACCCGAGCGACACCGCCGCUGAGCUCGGACGGCUCUCCCUACUUCAUUCCAGCAUGGCCAACCUGCCCUCUCACGUCAAAUCGCAACGACUGUAUUUGGAGUUUAUCACUCAUUCCCGCCCCAACUGACUUUUUCGUGAGCUAUGUAAGGCCAUGUUAUAAAAAUCUCUACGCAGUGAUUAAGGAGUAGGGCAGGGGUGCCCACUUUUUUUUUUUUCUUCUUUGCCCCAAGAUCCACUUUGCAAGCAGCCAGCUUCUCGAGAUCUGCUGAGUGUAUCGUCAGCACGAUUGCCGUGGAGAAAGCAAGGUGACAAGAUGGUAAAAGGAGGCCAUUUUGCUAGAACGCAUCUUUAUGUGCACAUGCGCAGUGACACGUCAGCAGAGGCCAGGAUUGGUUAGUCAACCGACUGAUGUGUAUUGGCCUCACCUGAAUAAAGCCAAGAGAUGUAUGAUAUGCUGAUGUCUUUUGCACAGUCAUGUGAUCAACCGGUCGGUCGCAACCAACACAUUGAGCACCCCUGGAAUAGGGAAUGACGAAUGGCUGCUUUCAGAAUCAUUCGUUAUUCCUGACUCCCUAAUCACUCUGUAGGGAUUUUUAUUGGACAUUUUAGGAACUCUCUAGUUCCACUACAUAAGAAUUCCUGUAUCAUGAUUUUGGAAUGAGUGAGUGAUUUUAACACACCCUCCUAAACUUCUCAUGGUGGGUUUUCAGCUCUUUGUGACAAAAGCUGUGAAAUAACUGUAGGGAGCUUGUCUCCUUCCACCCAAUGGCUGAAUUUUGAAGUAAAAAGGUACUGAAGUGGCAAAACUGCACUGUGACAAGUGGCCCACACCAUUCCAAAGACUUUUUUCCAGGACUCAGGUGCUUCUGUCGCUUCUUUUUCCAUUUCUAUUUGGGAGGCGGGGGGCUAAAAAACUAAACAUUUCCCUGUAACCUCAGUAUUUUCCUUCACACUCUUAUUUUGAAAAGAUGCAAAAUACUUAACAGUUGACUAUUGUUUUUGCGUUUGGGAUCAAUAAACAUUUCGUUCCUU